AUGAACAGAAACUCUACAUCUGAUUCAGUUUUAUUUGUAUCAUGUCAAACAAAUGGAGCCAAGAGCUCGAAGAUACAAUGGCAAGCCAGUUUAGGAUCAACAGGAACUGGUGUACCUAUUCCAUUUGGUGACCAUAUUGAUUGGUCGGCCUUUGACGGCUUAUUAAAAAUCAACCCUACAGUGGAGAUAAAGGAUACCGGUGAUACACCUGGCAGGAAAGCUGCAAAUGUAGAACUACCAGGUUCUACAAAGACACUUUCUACAAAUCCUGCGACACAACCAAAAGUGUCAAAUACACCAACACUACCACCUCCUACUACAACGAGAACGACACAACAAACACCGACAGUGCCAGUCAGAACGCUGCCACCGACACAACCACCGACACCUCCACCGACACCACCACCAACACAACCACCAACUCAACCACCAACACCUCCACCAACUAUGGAAGCAACCCCCGCUCCACCAGUUAUAAUGGUCCAACAUUCUCUGUCGGGUAUUUCUGGACCUUCAAACAUCAUAUCACAGGCACAAGAAUGGAUCGAUGGAUCACGUUGUUUUGCAGAUUGA